GGGAGCGAUUUACACAUCAGCGACGUUUUUCGCGACAAGCUACAAACCAGAAGUGCAUGUUGUGUCCCCGUCCUCUGAAAUCUCAUACAAACGAAAAUAAUUGAUGAAGAGUCUCCCGAGCUGUGCAGACUGUUUGCGUUUAACUCUGACGCUAUAUAUUGUAUUUAAAUGAGCGUAGUUUGAACACGGAAACAAGUGACGUGGUUGACGGUUGGAGGCUAAAACUCAUAUUGUGUCAGCCCUGUUAUCCUCAGCUGCUGUUGACUAGUCUAAAGUUCAUCAAUAGAGGCUGAACAAAAACUCCCUUUCGGAGCUUCAAUGGCAUCCUGUCCAACGAUCCCAAUCCGCUGUCUCAACAAUGACCUGUGGAAAGCCUCGAGCACUGACUGAAGAAUGGCGAGGUUUAGGCGCAAGUCUUGCAUCACACUAGUUGUUUUGGUGCUGCUUGUGCUCAUAGUGACGGUGGUCUUGAAGGCACUGACACCGGAGGACUCUCCGUUUAGCAGCCCUGUUGGUGCGGAGCUGUUCCCGGACAGAAAGAGUCCCACUCACAUCCAGAAAGAAAACAACAACAACAAACCUGAGCCGUUCAAAAUGAGUGACUCGGAUCAGUCAGGCAAACUGGAAGCUGCACUGAGGAAGUUCCCUCCUCCAAACUACUAUCUUCAUGCUUUCUACUACCCGUGGUAUGGGAACCCUAAGUUUGACGGCAAAUACAUCCACUGGGACCACCCGCAGCUGCCACACUGGGACUUAAAGGUGGCUCAGGGGUAUCCGCAAGGGAGACACAUCCCACCUGAUGACAUCGGGGCCAACUUCUACCCGUCUUUAGGGGCUUACAGUUCCAGGGAUCCCUCCGUCGUAGAGUCUCACAUGCAGCAGCUGCGCACAGCAGCCAUUGGUGUCCUUGCUGUCUCAUGGUAUCCUCCUAAUAUGAAGGAUGAUAAUGGUGAGCCACUGGAUGACAUUGUGCCUUUGCUGUUGGAAGUGGCACAUAAAUACCAUAUUAAGGUGGCGUUUCACAUUGAACCCUACAAAGACAGAGAUGAAGUCAACAUGUUUGCUAAUGUCAAAUACAUCAUUGAGAAAUACGGGGAGCACCCUGCUUUCUUCAAGUACCGGACAAACACUGGCAAGCUUCUUCCCCUCUUCUAUGUGUAUGACUCAUAUCUGAUGAACUCGGAGCAGUGGGCCAAGCUGCUCAAACACACGGAGAGUAACAGCAUCAGGAACAGCCCGUAUGAUGCCAUCUUCAUCGCCCUGCUGGUUGAGGAGAAACAUAAGAGGGAUAUCCUGACUGCCGGUUUUGAUGGUGUCUACACCUACUUUGCUACAAAUGGGUUUUCCUAUGGGUCCACUCAGCGUAACUGGGACUCUGUUAAAGCUUUCUGUGACGAUAACAACCUGAUAUUCAUCCCAAGUGUGGGCCCCGGCUACAUUGACACGAGCAUUCGACCCUGGAACUUCCAAAACACUCGAAACCGCAUCAACGGCAAAUACUACGAAACCUCGCUGAGUGCUGCGUUACAAGCCAGGCCUGAUUUCAUCUCUAUAACAUCUUUUAAUGAGUGGCACGAGGGGUCUCAGAUCGAAAUGGCAAUUCCCAAAACAGGCCAGACUGUGUAUCUGGACUACCUGCCCAACAAACCUGCAAUCUACCUGGAGAUAACUCGCAAAUGGGCUGCGAUCUUUGGUGGAGAGCGACGGAAAUGGCAGGAUUGAGCUUACUAAGAGUUUAUUCACGGUUGUAUAAAAUGAUUACAUGAAAGCUAUAUGAAGUUGUAGUUGCAGAAUGCACAACAAAAUGCAAAAUGGUGAAUAAUUUUCUGAGCCAAAUGAGUUCUAAAGCCACAAGCAAGUGAGCUAAAUUAUCUUUAUUUGGGCUGCAAUGAUGUAUGUGAUUGUUUUUACAUUUUGGUAAAUUAUUGUUAAUUUAACUGAUGUCUUAUUACUUAUGUUUACACAGCCGUGCACAUUUUGGGAUUUGUAACGUAAUCAGCAUGUCUUUUCACCGACUUUAAAGUAUCCAACUAAAAAUCUGUGCCUCUAUUAAACUUCAAUAGAAAUAAAUAAAGUGCACCCUGGAAAGGAGUGAAAGUAAACAAAGCAGUCUGCUGGUAUAAAGCUGUCGCCUCGCUCUUCUUCCAUCUCUGCCUCUGCCCAAAAACAAUACAAGAAAAAGCACAACAUAGAUCUUGAUAUUAGAAAGGAGAACCUCAAAUCUGAGAUGAGUCACAGGGAUGAAAACAGUCGAGGGCUGACAGGACAGCAGUUCAGUUAUUGAGAGAGAGAGAGAGAGAGACUGCAGCGCAGAAUGAAAAUGAUGCUCAUCUGUGGAAUAGCUUACCUUUAUAAUAAAGGUCUGACACCAAUGAACAUGCCAAGUCUCUGUUUAUUUUGGAACUUCUUUGCUGCAAAAGUUGCAUUUUUGAGAAUUUCUUGCCACCAAAGUCGUGUUCAGGCCACCCGGCAAACUCCAAUAUUGUUUCUCUUGCAGUCUGUUCUUUGGUCGAUGAACGGAUGAGGGAAAUACCUGGCUCUUAAACGGCUAAAUGCUGCACGGUGUUCACCAGCUAUAGUCGUAAAUAGGAUAGGAAGGAGAUUACAUCUUAUACUUUUACUUUGGUAACUGUACCAUGCAGGUUAUAAUCCCUUUCUUCAACUGGUUAUCAAAAUCUUAAUGUAUCACCAAAUUAAAGAAGAACAGAACUUAAAUACAAUUAGUAUAGUAUAAAUGUUUUAGAACAUUUUACACCUUUAUGCUAUAUAUCAAAUUCUCAUGAAGACAUGAUGAAGUGGUGUCUGGCCCUUUCACUCAUCACCUCUCAGCACACGCAGCAGAGCUGGUUACAUUCACACCUAUUCUGCUUACACAUCAUGAUGACACCUACUGUAUGUGUAAAGAAUAAUCUUUUUACCUCCAUAGCAUGUA